AUGAGCGAACCAUCCAAAAACAACCAGUGCUGCCCCCCAAGUCCUCCGUGCUGCCCGCCAAAACCAUGCUGCCCACCAAAACCAUGCUGCCCGCAGAAACCUUGCUGCCCAAAGUCACCGUGUUGCCCACCCAAACCAUGCUGCCCUCAGAAACCCCCAUGCUGCCCGCUGAAACCCCCAUGCUGCCCGCAGAAAUGUUCCUGUUGCCCGAAAAAGUGCACGUGCUGCCCGCAGCCUCCCCCUUGCUGCGUUCAACCCAGCUGCUGUGCUGCGGACAAGGCUGAGUCAGACUCUGAUACCACAUCUGGCAAAACUCAGGAGAAGGGCUCCCAAGCGCAGGACUCCCCUCCAAGUGUCGGCGGCUGGAACAAGAAGACAAGCAAGUAG